AUGGAAGUGGACCCACCGGCACAGCAAUAUGACACCUCGAAAUUCCAUCAAGUCACUAUAAGAGAUCCGAUCGCCAGUGCGGACAGUACAUUCACAAUUCCCCGUAGAUACAGUAACCUCAACUUUUUGAAUGCAGGAGCACAAGGGACUGUUGUAAUGGCAGAUGACGCAGUGAGCGGAGAACGUGUCGCCAUUAAAAAGAUGCAACAACCUUUCGUGAUGACAAUGAGUGCGAAACGAGCGUAUCGAGAAUUCAUCCUUCUAACCACUAUUAAACAUCCAAAUAUAAUCCGUCUCCUAAACGCCUUCACACCAGACACCUCCAUCAACAACUUCACAGAAGUCUAUCUUGUAAUGGAGUUAAUGACACACAACCUACACGAAGUCAUUCAUAGAUUACGAUUGGACCACAAAACGCUCUCGUUUUUCGUCUAUCAAAGUUUGUGUGCCAUCAAACAUCUUCACACUUCUGGAGUCAUCCAUCGAGAUCUAAAACCGUCGAAUAUCGUUGUCAACGAUCGAUGUGUUCUGAAAGUGUUGGAUUUCGGGUUGGCGAGAAAGAAGAAUGUGGACACGUCGAUGAGAAUGUCGGAUUACGUCGUCACCAGAUACUAUAGAGCUCCAGAAGUUAUUCUGGGUCUGCCCUAUUCGGAGAAAGUGGACAUUUGGUCAGUCGGCUGUAUCUUCGCUGAAAUGAUCAAUCAUACCGUACUCUUCCCCGGCAAAGAUCGUAUCGAUCAAUGGACGAAAAUCUACAAUGUGAUGGGAACACCCAAUGACGAUUUCAUUAAUCAACUCGGUCAAUCCGCAGCGAUGUACGUCCGGUCGUUGCGAAGAUCCAGUCCCAAGUCAUUGGCUGAAAUUGUACCCGACUCGAAUUUCCUCCCAGAAACCGAGAAUCCACGUGUCAAUUUGACGUCCACAUCCGCUCGUGAUCUACUUGCAAAUAUGCUGAAAAUCAAUCCAGAUGAGAGAUAUUCAGUAGAAGAUGCACUCAAUCAUCCAUAUGUCAGAUUAUGGUUUAAAGAAGAGGAAGUGAACGCCCCUGCAUCCGAAAAUCGAUACGAUCAGGAUAUCGACUUUGCCGAUAAGACACUUCAGGAGUGGAAGGGUCUCAUCUUCCAAGAAGUACAACGCUAUCAAAAUGAUCAUGACAUAUUCAAUGGAUAA